AUGCCCGUACUCGCUACUGCGGGCUCACGCCUGUCGCACCUCCUUCAUAAAGUCGUCUUUUCUUGGCCUUCGGCAAGCAAUUCGAGCUCACCGUUCGCUUUCAGAUCUCAGUCAACGUCUGGCGAUUCUGCAAGGCUAGAAGAACUAUUCGAAGAGCCCGGAGAAGGUCGAGCUCUCGCGGGUGGAGUAGGUCCGCUGAGUUUUGUUGGAUCCGGUUAUGGUAUCUUGCUUGUUUUGAUGGCAAUACUGCUCAACCGAAUACAUCAUAUCGUUCGUCGCCCCAGACCACCACCACCACCUCUUCCACAUCCCCCUCUUCGGGGAUUUUCCCGGAUCCAACGUGUCAUUUCCACAGCCCUCAUCCACGAAUCAACUCCUAGGUACAUUCGGAUACCUGGUAUCUUCGCUCUGACUCGGGCAUGGGUGAUCUUCACGGUUGUAUUACUGCAAGUUGCCAAUCUGUGGCCUGAGAUGAACGAGAGUAGAAUUUAUGGUCGACCUAUCAGAAGCAUUGGCGCUUGGGUAGGAGAAAUGGAGAUGGAAAAGGUCUGUUGGCAGGUGUUUAUCAGUGUAUGUACCGGUUUAGCAUGUGGAGGUAUGGCGAAUGGGCUGGACAGAUCAAGGCGGAGGGAUGUCGGAGCGAGUUUCAACCUUUUUGGCUAUUCCUUCCUCCUGCAUCUAUACUCCUCUCCGCUUACCCAUCAUCAUCCUUCCGGCACCAGCAGCAGACCUCGCCCAGAUGUUCACGCACUUUUCCAGCUUUGGUUGGGGUUGACAGAACUAGCCUGGUUACAAGCUGUAGAGCUGAUCCCUUCUUUGAGGAAUAAUUUACUCCUUCCAACAGGUGUGUGCGGGACUAUGGGAUUAGUACACUUUGUAUAUGCGUUAUCGACCGCCCCGCUCAAGUUCCCGAGCUUUACUUUCUUGACUCAUUUAAUGGCGUUGCUUCUUUCUGUAGUGAUAGGCCUUUCCGUCGUUCUAAAAGGGCUCACUUUUCUGUUCACCUACGGCUAUAUUCCAUCUCUCAUCAGUCUACUUCCUCACGAAGGCGUUGUGCCAAACUUCGAGGACGACUUUGGUGUAACCUUACUCAAGAUCGGUACAGCUUGUAUCGAGGCAACUCAGUACUCCGGCUUGCGAAACGAGCUCGUCUCAGUAGAAGAAUAUAAAACACCUUGGGUUGAGAUGUCUUCGACAAACAGCAAUGUGCGUAAGUCUCUAGUGACAGGUACUAGUGGCUUCGAGACAGAAAUCAACAACAUCGAGGUGUCAAAGCUUGCGAACCCACACAGUGAAAGUGCUUACUGGAAGGAACACAAGGCAUUUUGGCAAGCAUGUGGGAAAAGCACAAAAGCUAUACUCUGUGCCGCCAUUUUAGCAUCGCCUUUGGGUCGCAAAACGGUUGAUUUAGUAAAGAAGGCUUGGCUUAAAAGAUGGUGGUAUGGCCCAAGGCAUUGGAGAUUCUGGAGGAGAGCUGCUUGGAUAGAGCCACCACUCGUCGCAGCUAGGAGAAUGCUCGCUCAACGGAUGGAUGUGAUUGAAGCGCUUCGAUUGCAGCGAGACAUUCGAAGAGCCCAACGAGCUAGGAGCACACCUGGACCAGAGCUGAGUACUGGAACAUCUUCCACCGUUGAGAUCCAGCCGAAUGCGGGAGAGCUCGUCAUGUACAAUCGAUUCUUGCUCGGUCAAGCUGACAUUGAAGAUGACGAAGAAGACUGGGAGGAUGACGCUAGCUCCACAUCUAGCAAUCAAAGUGGAGAUAGCGAAGUCGAAGAGCAAGCGCUAUAUCAAGAUCUCAUGAACUAUCAAGAUGAAGAAGAAGAUGAUAUCCAGCCGGUUCUCCUUGCCCAUCUGACAUCGAGAACGUCGACCCCACUUACCAGAAGAAGAUAUGCCGCUUUGUUAGCGAAUCGAUCAUCCACGCCUCAGAGUGAAGGAUUGCAAGAUCUGGUACAAGAACGAAGGAUAUCUCUGGCUGGUCAGAAUCGAGAUGAGGACGAUGAGGAAAGGAGGCGAACUUGUGUGGUUUGUAUGACACAGAUGAGAGAUACAAUCCUCUGGCCUUGCAGAUGCCUCGCACUCUGCAACGAUUGUAGAGAGAGUCUAGCAUCUCGGCUGUCAGCCCAGGAUCACAUGUGUCCUUGUUGUCGAAGAAAGGUUGAUGGCUACAGUCGCAUAUUUGUGCCAUGA